AUGACCAAAAAGAUAGACCGCAUCAAACAAUGGACCUCAGAGAAGCUGGGCCAGGAACAGAAGACCCAGGAGUCCGAGGAGUUCAGGGAACUCGAGUUCGAGAUUAACAUGCGCUACGAAGGCACCGAACGUCUCCACCAGUCCAUGUCCAUCUACGUCCGCAACCUCGCAAAGCGUCGCGAGCUGGACGAGCUCGAGAAGGCAUCGCCCAUCGACAUCCUCGGCCAGGCAAUGGCCAUCUACGGCGACGAGUUCGUCCAGGAGUCAAACUACGGUCAGGCCCUCGUCAGACUCGGUGCAGCAAACCAGAAACUCGCAAAGACCCAAGAGGUCUUUGUCGACCGCAUUCAGAGGAACUUCCUCGAGGGUAUCGAGAAGAGCAUCGCGCAGUUCAAGGACUUUCAGAACGCCCGCAAGAAACUCGAAUACAGACGUCUCGCGUACGAUGCCGCUCUCUCCAAGGUCCAGAAGCUCAAGCGCGAGGACUCUCGUCUCGAGGAGGAAGUGCGCGCCCAGAGAAUAAAAUACGAAGAGGCCGGCGAAGACGUCGUCCGCAAAAUGAACGCCAUCCGCGACGCCGAAUCCGACCAGCUCUCCGACGUCUGCGACUUCUUCGAGGCUCAAUGCGACUACUACGAACGCUGCAACGACGUCAUGCAAAACUUGCGCAAGAACUGGAUUUCCGAGUAUAUUGGCAGCGAGGGCCGCACCCACAAGAUCGAAUUCGCCCCGCAGCUCCUAUCGUCCUCGAUCUCGUCCGGCAAGUUCUCGGCCGUGAUCAACCCUCCCAAAUUCAACCGCUCCGUCACCGAACCCCCUCCACUUCCCGGCCCACGACCAUCGCUCGGCUCAAAGAAGAAGAUGGUCAAGGCAAACUUCAAGUACGAGGCCGAGACCGAAGACGAAUUGACCCUCAACCCCGGCGACGUCGUCAUCGUCACCGAAGAAAUCGAUCCGGGCUGGUGGAUCGGCGAGCUCGCCAGCUCCGGCCAGUCGGGCUUAUUCCCCGCUCCCUACUGCACCGUCAUCUCUGAAGGUAACGGAGCGAGCGCAAACGGCGCGCCUCCCAAACCUCUAAAGUCGGCGUCGGUCUCGGGCUCCUCAAUGCGCCGUGCCUCCCAGUUCAGCGCAGACUCGCAUGACGAAGAAGACGCCAUCGAUCGUGAGCGUCCGGCCGCGGUCUCUGCUCCUUCCUACCAGUCCAGCAUGAAGAAGCUCAGUGGUGGCGGCGGAAUCGUGGGCUCGGGUCGUUUGAACGCCGCUCCGGGAGCAAAGAAGCCUCCACCACCUCCUCCCAAACGCACUGGUGUCAUUGGAGCGAUCGGUGCUCGGUAA